AAAAAAAGGAGAAAUGCUUUCUGGCUCUUUUCUCCACCUCAGUCUUGGCAGCAGCGGCCGCAGCAGCAACAGCAGCAGCAGCAGCGGCAGGCAGCAGCCGGGCAGCCAGGCAGCGGGGGUUGAGGCACACAGGGAAGGUGCAGGGGCCUGAGGUGCAGCUCGAAUGGGACAGGGCCCCCAGCGCUGGACAGAUGCAGUGCCAAACUUGAUGCCACCUUCCAGCUUCUCCGGACUGAAGAGGGAAUGGAUGCGGCCACAGCUCCAAAGCAAGCCUGGCCCCCAUGGCCCCCACUCCUUUUCCUCCUCCUCCUACCCGGAGGGAGUGGUGGCAGCUGCCCUGCUGUGUGUGACUGCACCUCCCAGCCCCAGGCUGUGCUCUGUGGCCACAGGCAACUGGAGGCUGUACCUGGAGGACUCCCACUGGACACUGAGCUCCUGGACCUGAGCGGGAAUCGCCUGUGGGGACUCCAGCGGGGAAUGCUCUCCCGCCUGAGCCUGCUCCAGGAAUUGGAUCUCAGCUACAACCAGCUCUCCACCCUUGAGCCCGGGGCCUUCCAUGGCCUACAAAGCCUACUCACCCUGAGGCUGCAGGGCAAUCGGCUCAGAAUCAUGGGGCCUGGGGUCUUCUCAGGCCUCUCUGCCCUGACCCUGCUGGACCUCCGCCUCAACCAAAUUGUCCUCUUCCUAGAUGGAGCUUUUGGGGAGCUAGGCAGCCUCCAGAAGCUGGAGGUUGGGGACAACCACCUGGUAUUUGUGGCUCCAGGGGCCUUUGCAGGGCUGGCCAAGCUGAGCACCCUCACCCUGGAGCGCUGCAACCUCAGCACAGUGCCUGGCCUAGCCCUCGCCCGUCUCCCAGCACUAGUGGCCCUAAGGCUUCGAGAAUUGGAUAUUGGGAGGCUGCCAGCUGGGGCCCUGCGGGGGCUGGGGCAGCUCAAGGAGCUGGAGAUCCACCACUGGCCAUCUCUGGAGGCUCUGGACCCUGGGAGCCUCGCUGGGCUUAAUCUUAGCAGCCUGGCCAUCACCCGCUGCAAUCUGAGCUCGGUGCCCUUCCAAGCACUACACCACCUGAGCUUUCUCAGGGUCCUGGAUCUGUCUCAGAAUCCCAUCUCAGCCAUCCCAGCCCGAAGGCUCAGCCCCCUGGUGCGGCUCCAGGAGCUACGCCUGUCAGGGGCAUGCCUCACCUCCAUUGCUGCCCAUGCCUUCCAUGGCUUGACUGCCUUCCACCUCCUGGAUGUGGCAGAUAACGCCCUUCAGACACUAGAGGAAACAGCCUUCCCUUCCCCAGACAAACUGGUCACCCUGAGGCUAUCUGGCAACCCCCUAACCUGUGACUGCCGCCUCCUUUGGCUGCUCCGGCUCCGCCGCCGCCUGGACUUUGGCACUUCCCCCCCUGCCUGUGCUGGCCCCCAGCAUGUUCAGGGGAAGAGCCUGAGGGAGUUUUCAGACAUACUGCCUCCAGGGCACUUCACCUGCAAACCAGCCCUGAUCCGAAAGUCAGGGCCUCGAUGGGUCAUUGCAGAGGAGGGCGGGCAUGCAGUUUUCUCCUGCUCUGGAGAUGGAGACCCAGCCCCCACCGUCUCCUGGAUGAGGCCUCAUGGGGCUUGGCUGGGCAGGGCUGGGAGAGUAAGGGUCCUAGAGGAUGGGACACUGGAGAUCCGCUCAGUGCAGCUACGGGACAGAGGGGCCUAUGUCUGUGUGGUCAGCAAUGUUGCUGGGAAUGACUCCCUGAGCACCUGGCUGGAAGUCAUCCAGGUGGAACCACCAAACGGCACACUUUCUGACCCCAACAUCACCGUGCCAGGGAUCCCAGGGCCUUUUUUUCUGGAUAGCAGAGGUGUGGCCAUGGUGCUGGCAGUCGGCUUCCUCCCCUUUCUCACCUCAGUGACCCUCUGCUUUGGCCUGAUUGCCCUUUGGAGCAAGGGCAAAGGUCGGGUCAAACAUCACAUGACCUUUGACUUUGUGGCACCUCGGCCCUCUGGGGAUAGAAACUCUGGGGGUAACCGGGUCACUGCCAAGCUCUUCUGACCUUUCCUUCCCCAGUGGGGAACCCACCAAGUCCGCUUCAGAUACCAAAGGGGAAGACAGAACCAAGGCUGCUUGAACCAGAACCUGGUCCUGAGCAGCACCGCUCUCCCACACCUCCCGUCUGCGUUGUGCCAGCAACUAGCGAUGCCUCCUGCCAGAGAGUCUGCCUCCUGAGCUUUUCCAGUCUGACGAUAGCAGUGUCAUUUCUUCUCUGAGGGUCCCAGGGAGCUGCAGAUACAGACCCUGUCGUUAGUCCAGCCCUCCCUUCGUCCCCUGCACACACAAAACAGGAAACAUAAAGCUCUAGUCAGCUAGUUUAACCACUAGGCUUUCUUCACACACGCCUAUAUCCUUUAAUAACCAAUUGCCAACCACAGCUAUAAGAUUAUUUCAGAGGUGGGGCUGGGAAGUGCCACUUGCUCCUUGGAGUCUCUGUUUGUCAACCUGGCAGAGUCCCUUUCUUUUCUGCUCCCCACCCCAACCCUGUCCCUAGGUACAGGAUUAAGAGCAAAGGACCCUCAAGCCACAGAGAAGAGGAUGGGGACAGAGUGUGGGAUGGGGAGGACAGACCACACACUGCACUGUGUUUGCAUGAGCCUCUACCACCUUCCUCUGUCUGCCAGAUCAUUAAACCUGCUGUCAAAGGGCCACAACAGUAGCAGCCAAAGCUAAAUGUCAUAUCUGGAGUUUUCUUUAUUUCAGUCUAUUUCCUACCCUCAUUUCUGUUAUAUCUCCCCACUCCUUCUCUUUCUGCUUGCGCAUUGAUCAUGUGUCCCAAUGGCUUUGCCUCCAUCUAACCUGCCUGACAAACAGGGUAAGGAGCGCCCCUCCCACCUCCACUCUCCUCACCCCCCUACACCCCCACCCCCAUGCCUGGAGGGAUCAGCACUCCUAGCCCUGGUUUCAGCCUCAAUCCUUUCCUUUUCACUCCCCAUCUCUGGAACUGGAGAAGGAGCGAUCCUCCACCUUCCAGGGGUUCCCUACAUAGAAAUUCCACCUGAGACACCCAGCUGCUGCCCCUCUUUCCCAUUUCUCCAUGGCAGUUCCCAUCAUUUUUGUGUCACAGAUCCCUAGUGCCCUUGGGGAAAAGUCAGAACUCCAAGAUAAUGACUAACAAACGCAAGAAUCCACAGUUGUCAAAGGAGAGAGACCCAGGACACUGCAGAGACUAGGCUUGGAGGAACAGGGAGGAGGGCACAGCAGGCCGUAGUGAGAAGUGGAAGGAAGGGGGAGCAGCAGUAACUGCCUGCCUAGUUAAUUUCCACCAUCCUUCUGCAGCUUCCUCUGGUUCUGUGAUUAGUGCAGCCCCAGUGGGAAGCUGUCUCCGGGUAGAGGUCACUGAUUUACAGAGACCCCCAGAUGGGGAGGUGGAGUGGGAGGUGAAACUGCUGAGUACCACUGACUGUGCUUCAAAUAGAGGGCAAAGCAGAGCCCAAAAAGAAGUAGAGAUGCUGGAAGCUCAAGGUACAGAGCAACAGCCUCAGCAUGACUGGAAGGGAGGAGUGACAGGGAGAGGAGAGGAGUGGGAGGAGGGACUGAGAAGGGAAGAAUCACGUGGCCCCAGGGAGCCUUUCUCCGCGGCAGCAUCUGCCCAGCGUCCUUAGUUUCCUCCCACCCACCACUACACCAAACCAGAUGCAAGCAUUGUGAGCUUUCUAGUUGAUUCCUGCUGCUGUUGUCCUUGCUCUGAGGAGACUCCACUCAUUAGAAGAUUCCCAGCUCAAACUGCCUGACAGGUGAGACACUCAGCACCACUGAGGAGGUGAAGCUGGACUUCACAGGCAGGCCGCUCUUUAGUGGGGCAGAGAUAGGAAUAUGGGGGUAGGACCAGAGGUGAAUGUGAGAACCAGGCAGACAGGAGAGUGAGGCUGGAGAAACUGACCUGCUUGAGAAAUGAGUUUCCCUGAGCCUGCAACCUCCCACCCACCAUGCACACACAACUCAAUUAGCAUCCCAGCAACUUCCCCUUCUUUAGUGUAUAAUGUACCAGAUAGAUAGAUUUCCUGGGGCACAGCCCUCCCCCUCCUUUCCAUAACCUUCCACCAGCAGCUUAUUAGGUUGGGACUUGGGAGUCAGACGCUGAAGGUUCUCACUCUAGUUGCCCUCUCUGCAAUGCGGAAGCAGCAACGCUGUUCAGAGAAAUCUUCUCUGGGAAGCCCCUGACGCAGUGGGGAACAGAUGACUGUCUGGCGCUGGGACAUGCUGCUGCCCAAAGUCUCUGAAGUCUCAAAGACUCCAGAACAGAGCUACCCAACAGACGUAGAAUCUAAGUCACAUAUGUAAUUUCAAAUUUUCUAGUAGCUCCUACAUUAAAAAAUCAAAAUGAAACAGA